ACACAAACCGAACAGGUAUUUCAUAAUUCAUUUGGUGAUUUAUCUUUUCACAAAUGUUCUCGUUCUUCUCCUUUUUUGACUUUUAAAGAAGCAAACAUAAGCAGGCUAACGUUUUUAUAAAAACAAACAUUUAAAUCCUCAAUAAUUGGUCAGUAAGUGUGUUACUUGUGUGGUUGAAACAUGACUAACCACUGAAAGUAUUUUAGUUAGCAACUUCCCCAUUGCAAAAUGACGCGAUGAGCUUCACCCAGAGAGUUUGAGCUCUUGUAGUGAUCAACACGUUAUUGAUCGUUUUUGUUAUUUUCAUCAACUUUAGGAUGUCCUUUCGUAAAUACAUCGUGCCUCUAGUAUUCUGUGCCCAAGUGGCCAGCUCGUUUUUUGACACCGCUCUCCAAAUGGUCGUUAAAGAGCGAUGCGCAAACGCCACGGACCGUGACAGCGAGCAGAAAGCGAUUACCAACUUCAACAUGACCUUUAAUAUGCUGCUCAAAUUCAUGCCGAUCGUGCCAGCGAUCAUUCUGGCAAAGAUUGGAGACAAAGGUUACAGGAAAGUGCCAAUAGCUGUUCCUCUGGUGGGUUACCUCGUGUCCAGGGCUUUGCUCCUGCUGGACGUCGCGCUGGGAUGGCCUCUCCAGGUGUUGUACGCGGUGCCGGUGAUCUACGGGCUGUGCGGCGGGUUCGCGUCCUACUGGGCCGGAGUGAUGGCGCUGGUGUCGGUGAGCUCGGGGGAGGAGGACCGGUCCGUGCGCAUCAUGAGGACCGAGCUGGUGUACGGGAUAGCCGGGUUCAUUGGCAGUCUGGCUUCUGGUCACCUAUUUAACCUCUAUAGUGUAGAUCUCAAACAAGGAGUUAUCCUAUCUGGUUUGAGUGUGCUGCUGUAUUUAAUCUGCAUGCUUUAUGCGAUAUUCGUCCUGCGGGUCGAGCAUGCCUCAGAGAGGCUGGAGCGACGGGAAAGUUUUGGGAUCUUAAACCAGGAAGCCCGUGAUAAAAUAAACAUCGCCUUGCUGUUCGCCAGUGGAAUCUUGUAUGAUAUCGCAGUGGCCGGGGGGAUGGAGAUGCUGGCCGCGUAUGUGCUGAAGGAGCCGCUCAACUGGGGCGCGACUGAGGUGGGCUAUGGGAACGCGGCAGGGUCCCUGCUCUUCAUCACCAGCUUUGUGGGUGUGAAGAUGUUCACAAGAUGUUCUGUUAAAGAUGAAAGCAUGAUCAUGGUCGGGAUGGUGUCUUUCGCAGUUGGGAUUUAUUUCAUGGCAUUUGUGACCACAACUCCAAUGUACUUUUUGGCUCGCUCUGUAACUCUGUUCGCUCUGAUCCCAAUGCCCACCAUUCGCUCACUGCUCUCCAAACAGGUCAAGGGAAGCUCAUACGGCAUAACCUUUGUCAUGCUCCAGUUGUCCUUCAAACUAGCAAGCUUGGUCACCACACCCAUCUACACUAAGAUCUAUCAGGCCACACUUGACACCUUCCCAGGGUUUGUCUUCAUUCUGUCCAGCAUCUUCACUGUUCUUUCUAUGAUACCUAUUAGUGUUGUAGGAUGUCGCUCUGCAACACAUGGAUAUGAGAUCAUUCAAGGGAACUGACGGCAUUCAGCCCCGUCAAAGGACAAGUUAUCAAGAUAUGUAUAUUUGCACAGUAAAAAAUGUGUAGGUUUACAUUUAUGUUGCAACAGAAAAUAUCUGCUUUGUUAUUCAGUUGACUAUAGAGGUCAGUUUGAAAAAAUCAUUUAAUAGACAAUAUUAUCUGCUGGAAUAGAUAAUGUUACUUCCUGUUGCACUGUGGUUAUAAUGUUUUAUUUGUGGUAAUGCAAUCUGUGUAGUCAUGUAGAACACAUGACUAAUAAUGCUGACAAUACUUGGUUUCAUUAGUUACCUCCAUUAGUUAACAUGAACAUGUUUACAUGAAAAAUUCUAAAGUUUAUUCAUCCUAAUUUAAUGUUAAUUUCAACAUUUACUACAUUAUUAAAAUCAAGAGUUCUAUCUGUAAACAUUUAAUGGACUAACAUGAACUAACAAUGAACAGCUGUAUUACAAAGAUUAAUAAAUACUGUAACAUAUGCACAUACUCAAUGUUAGUUAAUGAACUACUAAUGGGACCUUAUUAUAAAUGCUUACCAAUAUUUCUGUAUUGUAUCGUCUAUUUAAAAGGGAUGACAUUUUAUCAGAUUUGUAUUGAACAGUUUUUGCAGUAAAUCAUUUUAUGCGUUUCUGUGUAUGAUGUAUGGAUCCUAUUAAAUAUAUGCACUGUUUUACACAAAGUA